AUGGUGAGUUUAGUUCUUGGAGAAGCAAGUGCGGCGAAAAUGCGACAAAUCGCGUUGUCAAACAAUACCGUGCAACGACGAAUUGCUGAUAUGUCCAAUGAUGUGAAAGCGCAAAUUUUAAGUGAAAUUAGGCUAUCCACAUUGUUUGCAAUUCAACUUGACGAAUCUACAGACGUCAGUUCGUGUGCGCAACUAAUCGUGUUUGUAAAAUAUAUUCACUCUGGCGAAUUGAAGGAAGAGUUCCUAUUUUGCAGUGAACUGGAGACUACUACCAAAAGUGACGAUAUAUUGGCUACAAUCCAAGUAUUUUUUGAAUCUGGUGGUUUACAGUGGGAUAAGCUUUGCGGAGUUUGUACUGAUGGUGCUCCAGCGAUGCUUGGUAGUAAAUCAGGAUUCCAGAAAAAAAUCAAAGAGCUUUCGCCACUAGUCAAAGGUGUUCACUGCAUGAUUCACCGUUAUGCUCUUGCCAGCAAGACUCUGCUAGCACAAUUACAAAAAGUUCUCGAUACAGUUAUCAAGAUCGUCAACUACAUCAAGUCGGGAGCUCUGAAUGCUCGUUUAUUCAGAGAACUCUGCAAAGACAUGAACUCAGAUCACGAAACUCUCCUGUUUUAUACUGCUGUGUGCUGGUUAUCGAAAGGAAAUGUCCUCAAUCGUGUUUGA